AUGAAUAUUCAUGUCGUUUCCGAGAAGCACCUGCCUAUUUCCAGGCAAUCUAACGCAUAUGUUAAUACAUUGCGCAAGCUGCUAAACCUGGGGAAGGGUCUCCGGUGGUCUCUGGCGGUCGUCCUGGGGCAAGGACCCGAACCCGCUUUGCCCGUACGUGGUGGGAACACGGUUCUCCUGCAAGGAGAGCAGCAGAGCACCGCUGGGGACCUGCUGCUCCAGGCCCUGGAAGAUCUCUCCAAGAUCAACUUUAAAAAAUUCUGGCACGCGUUGGCGUAUGGAGACCUGCAAGGCAGGAACCGCAUCCCCUGGGGGCGGCUGGAAAAGGCCGACUGGAUCGACACUACAAACCUCAUGAUGAAUUCCUACGGCAGGGAGGAUGCCCUGGAUGUGGCGAUAAUUGUCUUCAAGCACAUCCAGCUCCGUGAAGCUGCCUACCAGCUCCAGGAAAAAAGGGAGAAAGGUGAGAAGGCCAAGCAGCUCCCCGGGUCUGCUCCUCUGGUGGAUUCAUCAUCACCAGGUAGCUGCUGGCGAGGAGAAGCAGGGGAGGGCCCUGCUGCUGUUCGCCCUGUAGUCUGCAGGUGCAUGAAGAGGCCUCCCACCCUUCCAGAUUACCAGAGGGAUUACAAAAAAGCCAUAUGCCAGGCGUACAGCCACAUAAAGGACCAAAAUGCCCGUGUGGGUGAUAGCGUGAGCCUGGAGAGCAGGUACUUGAAGCUGGUGAUUGUCAACAAGCACCGUGAUGAAGAGCACGAGAUCAUGGCCAUGGGGCAGCGGCACGCAGAGAUCAUGAAGGAGCAAGCCCAAGCCAGCUCCUCCAUCACUGUUGAUGACCUCUUUGAUCCCGGCCCCGAUGGCUGGACCCCCAAGGUACUUGUGCUUGUGGGAGCUGCGGGCAUGGGCAAGACAAUGACGGCCAGGAAGAUCAUGCUGGACUGGGCGUCUGACAAGGUGUUUGCGAAGUUUGACUACGUCUUCUACAUCCACUGCCGGGAGGGCAACCUCCUCACCAGAGAGGCCAGCAUGGCUGAGCUCAUCACCCAGUGCUGUCCCAGUGGCUCUCUGCCGCUCGACAAGGUGCUGGAGCAGCCGGAGAAGCUCCUGUUUGUGAUUGAUGGCUUUGAUGAGCUCCGCAUCUCCUUCCACCUGCCCGAGCCUGAGCUGUGCUCCCAGCCCAAGGAGAAGAGCCUAGUGGAAAUCACCCUGAGCAGCCUCUUCCGCAGGAGGUUCGUGCCUGAGAGCUCCCUGCUCAUCACCACCAGGCUGGCCGCCCUGCAGAAACUGAGCAGGUUCCUGAAGUGCGAGCGUUACGCUGAAAUUGUGGGGUUUUCCGAGGUGGAGAGGAAGGAAUAUUUCUACAAGUUUUUCAACAACGCAGAGCAGGCGGCUGCUGUCUUCCAGUUUGUCAGAGGGAACGAGGUGCUCUUCACCAUGUGCCUGGUGCCCAUCAUGUGCUGGAUCGUCUGCACGGUCAUGAAGAAGCAGUUCAGCAGCACGAGGGGUCUUGCCCAAAGCCCAAAGACGAUGACGGGGAUCUACAUCCUCUACCUUUCUGCCCUGCUCCAGUCUCUGAGAGGCUGGCUGAAGCCAGAUGUGCCUGCAGUGCUCAGGAGUCUGUGCUGCCUGGCAGUCGAUGGUGUCUGGAAGCAGAAGGUCCUCUUUGAGGAGAAGGAGGUUCAUGGGUAUGUUCUGGACCAGCGACAAGCCCUCCCACUCCUCCUCAGUGAGCACGUCUUCCAGAGGGACAUCUCCUGUGUCAGCACCUACAGCUUCAUCCACCUCAGCUUCCAGGAGUUUUUUGCGGUGCUCUUCUACCUGCUGGAAGAUGAAGGGGAGGUGCAGGACCUCCCAGCUGGUCCCUCCAGGGAUGUGAAGAAUCUUCUGGAGAGCUACAGCAACUCCAGUAACUACCUGGUGCUAACUGUGCGGUUCCUCUUUGGGCUCUUAAAUGAGGACCGCAGGAGGGAGCUGGAGGAGAAGACGGGGUGUAAAAUCGCACCCAGGAUUACGCAAGAAUUACUGGCAUGGCUCCAGAACAGCCAGAAAACACCCCUGGCUUUGCUGCUGCAGGAGCCGGCCGUGAUCCACGAGCUGGAGAUCUGCCACUGUCUGUACGAGACCCAGGACGAGGGUUUGGUGGUGACUGCCUUGGAUUCUUUCAUGGGGGUGAACCUACGGGGGCUCAACCUUAACCGCUUCGAUCAGAUGGUCCUUUCCUUCAGCGUAAAAAACUUCCCCAAGCUGGAGUCACUUGACCUGGGGAACUGCUCCUUUCUGCGGGACGACCCGGAGGACUGCGGGGGCCUGAAGCCGGCCAAGCAGGCGCGUUGGUUUGGUCAGUGUCAGCUCACGGGCGCCUGCUGUGGGGCUCUGGCCACCGUCCUCAGCGUAAAAUCCACCCUGACAGAGCUGGACCUGGCUGGGAACGAGGACCUGAGGGACGGCGGUGUGAAGCUGCUAUGCGAGGGGCUGAGAUGUGGCGCCUGCCUGCUGCAGACGCUGCGGUUGGGCUGCUGCAACCUCACGGCCGCUGGCUGCAGGGACCUCGCUGCCGUGCUGGGUGCCAUGCCCAGCCUGGCCCCGCCAGACCUGAGUGACAACCCCGUGGAGGAUGGAGGCGUGCGGGCGCUCUGCAGGGCGCUGGCAGGGCCUGGCUGUGGCAUCCAGAAGCUCUGGCUGUGGCAGUGCCGGGUGACGGAGGGGAGCUGCGGGGCCCUUGCCGAGGUGCUCCCCGUCUGCCCCAGCCUGAGGGAGCUGCACCUGGGUGUCAACGAGCUGGGGGACGGUGGUGUGUGGCAGCUGAGCGAGGGCCUGCAGGAUCCUGCCUGCCGGCUGCAGAUGCUGAGCCUGUGGAAGGGCCAACUGACUGGUGCCUUCUGCAAGGACUCUGCGCUGAGCACCAGCCAGAGCUUGGAGCACCUGGACCUCAGCGAGAACGACUUGGGAGAUGGCGGUGUGUGGCUGCUGUGUGAGUCGCUUGGGCACCCCACCUGUGCCUUGCAGAGGCUGUGGCUAAAGAAAUCUGGAUUAAAUGAAGAGACGUUACAGAAUCUGGGUGCUCUCAAAGAAAUAAACCCCAAGCCGUACACAGAAUACAUUUGA